ACGCUGGCUCGCUCCCUGCCUGGGAACAUGGCCGAAGUCGGGGAGGACAGCAGCGGGGCGCGGGCUCUGCUGGCGCUGCGCUCGGCGCCCUGCAGCCCCGCCGCCGCGCCCCCUCCCGGGCCGCCGCCCCCGGCCGCGCCGCCCGCCCCCGGCCCGGUGCUGGCUCGGCUGCAGGGCCGCGAGUUCGAGUUCCUCAUGCGGCAGCCGGCCGUCACCAUAGGCCGCAACUCCUCGCAGGGCUCGGUGGACGUCAACAUGGGCCACUCCAGCUUCAUCUCCCGGCGGCACCUGCAGCUCAGCUUCCAGGAGCCGCACUUCUACCUGCGCUGCCUCGGCAAGAACGGAGUCUUCGUGGACGGCGCCUUCCAGCGCCGCGGCGGCCCGGCCCUGCAGCUCCCGCCGCAGUGUACUUUCCGAUUCCCUAGCACGGUUAUAAAGAUCCAGUUCACAUCUUUAUACCACAAAGAAGAAGUAAAAGAGGAAGCUUCGUCGCCUCCCCUUCGGCCUCUUUACCCUCAAAUUUCUCCUCUGAAGAUCCACAUCCCGGAGCCGGAUCUCCGCAGUGUGGUCAGCCCCCUCCCGUCCCCCACUGGCACAAUCAGUGUACCCAACUCUUGCCCGGCCAGUCCACGCGGUGCUGGAUCCUCAGGAUAUCGUUUUGUUCACAACAUUACCUCGGAUCUGCAGCUGGCAGCAGAGUAUGCGGCAAAAGCAGCAUCAGAACAGCAGGCAGAUGCAUCUGGCGGGGACAGCCCAAAGGAUGAGUCCAAGCCACCCUACUCUUACGCUCAGCUAAUUGUGCAGGCUAUAUCUUCAGCACCAGACAGGCAAUUAACACUAAGUGGAAUCUAUGCCCACAUUACCAAGCAUUAUCCAUACUACAGGACUGCUGACAAAGGCUGGCAGAAUUCCAUUCGGCACAACCUCUCCUUGAACCGUUACUUUAUUAAAGUCCCACGCUCCCAGGAGGAACCUGGAAAGGGCUCCUUUUGGCGCAUUGACCCUGCCUCUGAAGCUAAACUAGUAGAGCAAGCAUUUAGAAAACGAAGGCAAAGAGGAGUGUCCUGCUUCCGAACACCUUUUGGGCCUCUCUCCUCCAGGAGUGCUCCAGCCUCCCCUACUCACCCUGGCCUGCUGUCCCCUCACUCUAGUGGCCUACAGACUCCAGAGUGCCUGUCAAGGGAAGGCUCACCCAUUCCACAUGAUCACGACUUUGGGUCAAAAUUAGCCUCAGUUCCGGAGUAUCGGUAUUCACAGAGUGCACCUGGAUCUCCAGUCAGUGCCCAGCCAGUGAUUAUGGCUGUUCCUCCUCCUCGGCCAUCUACUCUGGUGGCAAAACCAGUUGCAUACAUGCCAGCAUCAAUAGUGACUUCUCAACAGCCUUCAUGUCAUGCAAUUCAUGUCGUUCAACAAGCUCCCACUGUUACAAUGGUCCGAGUUGUGACCUCCUCUGCAAACUCUGCAAAUGGAUACAUCCUCACAAAUCAGGGCACGGCAGGAGGAGCUCAUGAAGCUGCAGGAGCAGUGUUGGACUUAGCUGGUGACCACCGAGCAGGUAUGGAUGAAAAGCCAACGAUCGCGUUUGCCACAAUACCCACCGCCAGCCGUGUUAUUCAGACAGUUGCCAGUCAAAUGGCACAGGGUGUUCCAGGACAGACAGUCACGAUCCUUCAGCAGGCAGCUCCAGUGACCAUUGGACAGCAUCAGCUCCCCGUGCGGGCAGUCACCCAGAACGGCAAACAUGCUGUCCCCACCAACAGCAUCACCGGCAGUGCUUAUGCUCUUACAAAUCCUUUGCAGCUUCUCGCAGCCCAGGCCAGCUCGUCCACUCCUGUUGUAGUCAGCCGGGUAUGCGAGACAGGGACUGAAGAGACAGCAGCAGCCUCUUCCAGUGAACCUGAAGUCAAAAGACCCCGGAUAGAAGAUCCCAGUGGAGCAGUCCAGGCCCAAACUGGAGUCAUCACAUCUACAGUGCCACAAGGACAGGCAACCAGUGAAUGAAGAACCGGUGGGAGGAGCUGGAGUGGUGUGGGGUGGGCAUGGGAUGGCAGCAGCCCCUAAAGCAGCUUUCAAAGAAAACAAACCACAACUGUAACAGCUCUAAACAUAGCAAAUAAAGAGCUCUUUUUAAAGUCAGAUUUUUUUAAAAUGGGAGGUCAGCAGCUGUUAGAAUCACAAGGUGCCAAAAAGACAAGAAUGGAAAACUCCUCCCAAGCACCCGUACCUGGAACUCUGUUCUGUCUUUACCUAUGGGAUAUUUUUUCCUUUUUUUUUUUUCUUCUUUGUUUUUUAAAGAUUCAGAAAAAAUACAGACAACUGAUUGUAUGACUGCUGGGAUUUUUUUUUAACUGUAUUUUCCCCUUUUGGCUCCAAGGGGAUGGGAUUUGCAGUUCAGCAUCUAAAGGAAUGUAACGCAAAUACAUUCUGCUCCCUGGAAAGAAAACUCCUCAUUUUCUAUGCCUUAAUACUGCGCUUCUCAGAGCUUUUGAAAUGUAGGACCAUUUUUAAAAGGCCAGCUAAGGCAGUCAAAUACUGAAAAAUGGGUGCAGUAUCUCACAACAACAGCAUUAAAGAAACAUGGUACCAAGCUUAAAGAAAAAGGCAGAUUAAUUUUUUUUUUCUAAAACAGAAAAAAAAAUCUGAGUAUUAAUGAAUGUUUAUUUAUGAGGAGAUUCAGGAGGAAGAGUUGCAGAGCUCAACCUCCUGGAUUUCCAGAUGCAAUUUCUCUCCAUUCCCUCUGAGGGAGAAUGAGAUGACGGAGGAACUGUGUUAAUUUGGUUCCUGUAAAGAUAUUAAAGGGUUUUGUACCUUCAGUGACUUCUUACAGUUAUUCAUCACUUGCUUUGGACAACAUCCCAACUAUCUCAAUGUCUGAGGAUUAUGUGGGUAAGGGUGUUUCAGAGGUUGUAUGUGUUUUUGAUAUUAUUUUGUGAUCACAUACUGUGCUCUCUGGCACCAGGGUCUGUUCAGAUUAGCACUGCAGAUCAAAGGUAUCGAAGCCACUGUUCCCAUAAACCUAAGAAAAUGUUACCUGGUCCUCUGCACUGAAGUGGUUUGCCUUCACCUUGACUGGUAGUGUCAUCCUCAACUAGAUGGAUGCUGUUCAGGAUGCCAGAGCUGGGUAGAAAUCUGUCUCCAACCCUCUCCUGUGGGUGGAAGAGGCUGAUAGCAAUGCUCCUUUGUUAUUUUUCUGAGAGAAAGGUUAAGGGCAGGGGUGAGAGGCACCAGAGCUCAUACAGUAUUUGGUAGAAAUUCUGUGUGUAGAGACCAAGGCAAAAGAGACCUUUUAUUUUCCAUGUUUAAGAGUCAUUGGAGGUAUUAAACAGGUUUUCCAAAAGGAAUUCAGAGGCUUCCUUUCAUUCUUCAGCUCCCUCUCCUGUCUGCCCUACCUUUAAGACAGUUUGAGUUGGCCAGUAGAAGGAGGAAUUGUUUAAGCUGUAUUCCAGGCUCUUCAUGUAGUACAUCUUACAAGCAAAGCAGACUUGAGUGGAGAAGUGGGUGUGUGUGGAACCUGUGAGUGGCAAAGGAAUCAGCUUCUGCAUAGCUCCAGCUGACCUUUUGGCUUUCCACUUGUGUGUGAUCCCCUUGGUUAAUUUGUCUUCUGGCAACACAGCAGAGACUCUAUAACUUAGAAAAUGCUGUGGCUUUAUUAACGGCAAAAGUGACUUAACAGGGAUGGGGAUAUGGCUUUUGGUAGGUUAAACCACAGCAAUUUAUGUCAUAGGAAAAUUGAAGAGGGGGAGAAAAUCCAUGCAGUAGCAGCUAGCAUCACUUGUUCCCUUCUAGGUUUCCUUUCUGUUUGCCAAAUCCUAUUCAAUAGCUCUUUCCCACCAUUUGAAUAAAACCCAAGUGCAUUUUAUUCUCAAGCCAACUGUUUUGUGAGAAAUAUUUCUGAAAGUAAGAAAGAAUGUUGUGGUCUCAUGAUUUGUGGUCACAGUGUACAGUCAUGGGCCCGCAAAAGUAUUUGGGACAGUUCAUUUAUCUACAGCUAGGCCUUCAUAAUUUGUGUGCCUUCGGUGCCAAGUUAUUAGGCUGUGUUUUAGUACUUGGAAAUUAUUCUUGUGGAGGAUUGUUCCAGCCCACAAAGUAAUUGAAGCAGGCCAACCUCUAGCUGUUAUGCUUCCUGUCAGGAGGACUAGGUGCAGCAGAGUGGAAAAGCAGACACGUCAGCUCUGUGUUCUCUGUAGCCUUUUCAAGGCAGAAUUCAAUAAAACGGGCUUCAAGGAAGAAGGUACAAGGGAGAGUGCAGCAUAGUUCGUCCGUGAUUAAUCAUUACAUUCAGAUGAAUGCUGUUUAGAUCCAGGCACACCUCUGAAACAGCCCUGAGGCUAGAGAGCUUUCCUGAAGCAGUCUUUGAUUUUCCAGCACGUUAGGUGAGUCAGCUCAAGAUGAGAAGUCAGCGGAGUGCUGUCUGAAGCUGCCAAAUUUCUGUGGCAAAAUUUUUCUUUAUUACUGCUUUCCUUUUAGACGUUCUAAGUCACUGGGACUGAAACCUCUCUAUGCUAGUCCAGCACCGUAGCAAUACAUCGGCUGAAUCGUGGUGUUCUCAUAAACCUGCUGCUGCUUUAGUGAUACCUUGUAUGUCUUUGGUUUUGCUGCAUCUGCUGCUGUCUGUAUAACAAAGGUCAAGGCAUGCUGAUUAGUUAACCUCCCACAACUUGGACCUAGGAAGAUUUUCAAGCUUCCUAACACAUGAGUUCUCUUUUCACUGUGCUUCUAACAAACUAAUUUUGCUUUGAUUGUGGUCAGUUUAUAGCAACUUCUGUUGCCUCUGUUUGCAAAAGCUGAAUGCAGUCGUUUUGGGUUUUUUCCAUCUGAAUUCCUUAGCUAUUGUUUUGUCUUGACUGUGGUUCUUGUGAUACAGGAAGCUUCUUUUACAGUGAGAUCAUUUAAUCUGAUGUAGUGAUAACAACAUUGUGCUGAACACAGAAAAUGGAGUUCAUGAUUAGCUCAUAUAUUCUUCUUGACAACUUAUUCUCUCCAUCUCCCUCCUUCCCCUGUGCCAUUAGUUCUGUCCCUUGUAGCAUAUACUCUCACCGUUAUCUGCUGCCUGGAGCAGCACCUUGCUUAAGUUCUGUCCAAGGACACAAGGAUAAAAAUACCUGUGGGAUACAUGUAGCUCCAGAGCAUGAUGAAAAAGGUCAAUUUAGGCACCCUAUGUUAACUUCCAUUAUGUGUUUUAGAUAUGUUACUGCUGGACAAAAUCUGCUUAGGAGAGUGUUGUGAGAACCACAUGAAAACUUUGUAAGAGAAGUAGUUAAAUAAUACCUGCUGCCUUUGCAGUGUUCCUGCAGUCAGUGCUGUGGUCUGGCUCCGGAUACUAGGAGGGAAUAAACUUGGUUUGCACAUGUUUCAGACAUGUGUCUUGUGAAUGACAGUUACAAGUACACAGCUAACUUCCACAUUUUUCUCCUUUUUCAGUAGGGAAAAGCCAGCAGUAAAACACAACUCGAAGAACAAAAGGUUAUGCAGCUGUAUCUAAGCAAGUGAGAGUGGCUGACCUGAGCCUCCCUAUGAGGUGAUGUGGAGCACUUUCCACUGACUGCCAGGGAUGUUAAGUUCAAGUUAGAGCCUUUCGUCUGUAUUAGUAAGAGGGUUUCCUUGCAAGGUGUUCGGUGUUGCUCUGAUGUGCACUAUUGUGUAGGUGACAGCCAGAACGCUGCGUGAAAGGAGAAGCACUUCCCUGCUGCACCUGGGUUUGGGGUCUUUAAUACAAGGGUCUAAUCUAGGAAUAGCUCAGGACUUUUCCUUCAGGAUCAAAAGCUGUUUCCUCAGUCUCGCUGCAUUUAAUCUCUAAAUUCAAACUAGUUGCUUGUUUCCAUUUUCCCUCUUUCUUGUCUCUCAGAUUUAAACUGUGUCUCCUACAUCAUAGUUUAUCACUGUGAUGAAUGUAAAUCACAUAAAACUGCAGCGUUAGGAAAGAUCAGAUCUCAGGUCUAGAUUUCUAUAGAAUCAUAGGAUGGCCUGGGUUGAAAAGGACCACAAUGCUCAUCUCGUUCCAACCCCCUGCUGUGUGCAGGAUCACCAACCAGCAGCCCAGGCUGCCCAGAGCCACAUCCAGCCUGGCCUUGAAUGCCUGCAGGGAUGGGGCAUCCACACCUCCUUGGACAACCUGUUCAGUGCGUCACCACCAUCUGGGGGAAAAACUUCCUCCUAAUAUCCAACUUAAACCUCCCAUAUCUCAGCUUAAAACCAUUUCCCCUUGUCCUAUUGCUAUCCACCCUUGCAAACAGCUGUUCCCCCUCCUGUUUACAUGCUCCCUAUCUCUACUACUGGCCAGUAGCUGUCUAGAAAGGCAGAAUAACUUAGGCUGGAAUGUUUGAGGUUACAAAUGCCAUCCUGCAGCAGAUGAUCUUUUCCCUUGUCAGCCAGGCUAUGGUCAAGCUCCCAUUUCCUCUCUGUGCCACAAUUUUUCCCCUAUAUUUGUAGCUGUUUCUGACUCUUGACUCUGGAGUCCUUUAAUCCAGCUCCUAACUUAAUGCAAUCGCUUGAAGGUCUGCAUCUGGUGAGAAUCUGUACAUUAGGUUGCAGUUAUACAACAGAUGGUUCAAUCAUGUAACUUCUUGUUUCCUUCUGGGUAAAAAUUAUGCCAAAGCUGCUAUUACUGUAGCAUACACUACUGUCAUGAAGUGUAGCUCGCAAUGGAGCCAGCUGUGCUGGGAAAAACAAUCACUACAAUGUCAUCUGGCUGGCUGGAGCUGAUGAGGCUGAAGCAGUGCUUGCAUGUUGGUUUGGACCUGCCCAGAACGUAGCUUUGUGCUGGAACAUCUCUGUGCCCAGCAGCUAGCUGACGGGGUUAGAUCAGCACACACUGCUGGCCGGGUUGUUUGCAGGACUGUGCAGGCGUAGUAAGCAACAGUGGAAUGCACCUAGCUGAGAUGGUGGGCUUUCUCUGUUAGGUGUCUUCCACAGGGCAGUAGUAGAGCAGUGAGCAUUUUACUCUGUACUAAACAAGGCAUUCUGAACAAUACUGGGGUUUUCUUGGAGCACCGUUGUUUAAAUUCCAGCUUUUUAAUCGAGUUUGAUAUUUAUGCUUUUUGAUGCCUUUUUGAUUUACCAACCCUGAAUUAAACCCUUCAGAAGGUCUGGCUGGUCCUCUCCUCGUGUGUCACUUUACGUUUCAGAGGGAAUUAGUGCCAAGUCUACCCCUUUGCUCUCAAGACAGAGGAACUCACUGACAAUUCAUGGGUGGCAGCUAAGGUAGAAACUCUUUAAGUAUUUUUUUUUUCCAGAGAAUAUUAAAUUAGAUCUGUGUAAACAUAAAUUUUAUAUUUAUUAAUGUGUGUGAGUGUGUAAAUAUAGAUAUAUAAAUGGUCCGUGACUAUUUCUUUCUCUUAAAUGGUACUUUACACAGACUUUUAUACCAUAUGUUGAUAAAUUCCUGCACCAGGCACUGAUUUGGAAAGGACGAUGUACCUAUUUGUGUGACAGAUGUGGGCAGCCUGCAGAAGCAGCUUUCCUUCACUGAUUGCUGUCAGCCCUCUUGCAGAGCAGAUGAGGUGGUGCAGUGCUUGCAUCUUCCUUGUGUAGGAGCUCCUGGCUUUGUCAUGCGCUCAGCACCCACAGUCUGUGCUGCUUUUCUGGCAAGAAAAACCCCAAAUGGCACUAAUGUAAGCUGGAAGCCUUCCUUAUCUCAGCUUAUCUCUAGAUGUGGUAUUGGGGAGUUCUUUACGCUUCUGCUGUGUACGUAAUGGGAACUGAUGGAAGGUCUGUGAGGCUGAGGAGCUCCUCUGUCUGUCUGUCAGGCUUGUGAACUAUCACUGGGGCACGCAGCAAGUUUCUUCAUGGUGAGAUUCUUCUCCUUUUACAACACUUCCCUCUCUUUAUGGGGUAUGAGGUCUCUAUUCACAGAGAAUAAAUUUUCCCUAACCUGUCAAAUUUCAGCCCUGGUUUAACUCCAGGAUGCUAAAUUCAGAAACGUGCAUUUUUGACCUACUUGGGGCUGUGAGAACUCUUCUUACAAGCACGUGAUGCUGGGCUUCCUAAUCUGAAGAGCUCUUACUAAAGCAGCAAUUCCUUUGUGAGGACCUGAGCAAAUGCUUUGCCUCGGUUUCUGCUUACUGUCUGGUGGCUGGGCUUUGAUAUUUGAGGCAGAACAGGGGAUGAAGGUGUUACAAGGAGGAACCAGAAUAGGGGCAGUGAAAGGAAACAGCUUUCCUCCUCAGUAGAAAGAAAGUAAGAAGAAAAGGAGGAAAAAAAAGCCCUUAUGACAACCAGCCUUCCCCUGUUAUUAUGUACUAUUUGAUUACUGCUUCAUGUCUGCUGCUGGGUUAUGCAACACACGCAGCAUCUCAUACCGUGGCACUCCUGAUCCAGACCAUUCCGUCUCACUUCUACCCCACUCAAUUUAACUGAAAGCAGUCCGAAACAGAGCCUUCUGUAAAGCUAGGGGUUGAGGAGAAAUGGCUGUUAGCUCAAGUAAGAUGAGAUUUAAUUGGAGCAGAAAAAAAGUGACGUUUCCUUCUGUUUUGCUGCCUUGCUGCUAAAAGUCCAGUGCAGGAGAUGCUGAUGCUCUGCUGUGCUGAGUGCUGCUCCUCAGAUGUGGGCAGACUGCUAAGAAGGCAGGUUGGUUUUGCAGCAGGGGAUUGCUGUAAGCCUAAAUUCACUGUGUUCCUGCCCACAAGACGGUCUUAAAGCAGAGAGAAUCAGAGCGUUGUUCUUUGUAAGGUCUUUUUUAAUGGAAAAGAAAGCAAUGUUAAAAAAGGUGUUCAACUGUAACAUUAUGGAAAACGGAAUGGUUUUAAAGUGCAACGGCUUUACGAGGUGGUACUCUUGGGUUCCAUGUGUGCCAUUUGUACCGUGAUGGGAUGGCCUUGUCCAGACUGCUAUCCAAAGGACUGUUUGAAGCUGUCUUAGGCUAAAUCAAAAGCUGUGUGAGCAACGGGUGGUAAAGCUGGAAGGCCUGGUCAGAUUCUGGAUCUUUCCUUUAAAAGAGGGGAAAAAAACCAAAAGCCUGUUGGAGUCUCCCUCCAUUCUGUGAUUGCAUUCCCACCAAGUCAUGUGGGAAGGCUGCAGUGGGACAAGGACCAGGAUACUGCAGUGCUGUGACAGCAGCAGGACUGGCUUUGUUACGAGGAGCCUCACCCCUCUCACCUGGAUUCAGCACUUAAAUUAAGGGAUCGUGAUGGGGGUGAAAGCCACGCUUGCAUUUCAGUUCCUGGUUUUGCCUGUCCAACCUCCAGCAAGACGUUUGGGGUUUUCUUUUGUUUUGUAAAACCUCACUGAUAUCAGAAGUAUUGCUUUCUGUGACUUGUUUUCACAAUCAGUGCUUUUUAAAAAGCAAGGCGCGUAUCCCAAGGGGAAGAGCUCCAUCUGGGGCAGCGGAUGGGAGGUCCAUCACCUUCACCAGGCUGCACUGCAGCUCUGCAUCCCAGCAGUGCUGACGGCACAACCAGCACCUGAGGAGCAGAGCCUGCAUUUCUGCAUCAAAUGGGAUACAGUGGGUUCUGUUGUUUUUCAAAUAUGGAGCCAUACUUUUUUUUUUUUUUAAGGUGAUUUGAGAUCUGAAUGUGAUUUCUAAUGUACCAAGAACAUUAAUAUUUUAAAGCUAUAACAAAGUUUUAAAUUUCUACUUUUUUUUUUUUUUCAUUUAUUUCAACUGUUCUGUUACCUUAAUUUGAUGUAUGUGGAUGGGGAGCGUUGCUGCUUCUCUUAGCAUUUGUUUCUAUAACCAGAAAUAAAAUUAUAUAUGAAAGAGAA